UCUCAAAAAUUUUGCUGCCCCGCAACCUGCGGUAAAUGAGCUCUCCUCAAACCAUAAAAGUCACACCAAAAAUGGUAAGCCACAUAGAAAUCAUAUUGUAAUAGUACGGAGUAGUAUUUUGGGUAGGCUAAAAAAAAAUAAAGGGAUGCGAGACAAAUUAGGGGACAAUAUUAAAUUAAGCAUUCUCAUUAUAUUUAACAUUAAACCAGUAUAAAAAGUAUAUAACCCCAUAUAACUAAUUGCAUUAUUACAAGUUAUAAAAAAAUAAAUAGUUGCGAAUAAAAUAGACAAAGAGAGUCAAGAGAAUAGAGGGGCAAACGAACUCCCAUUUCUCUCCCUCUCUAUUGUAUGAAUUAAUAACAUACAAAAUAUUAUUGUAAAUAAGAAACUCGUCAAAAGGAAAAAUCAAAAAAAUCCUAUGGUUUUAUCAAAUACAUAAAUCAUUCUAUUCCAUCGAUAUAUUAUUUGCUACAUAAGUGAUAAUCGUUAAAAAAAAAAUAUCAAAAAAUGGGGGGAAAGGUGGUAGUAUCAGUAAUAUCCAUAAUAUUGGUGGUAGGAGUUGUAAUUGGAGUGGUGGCAGUAGUGCAUCGAGAUAAGGGUGAUAGUCACAAGGAAGGUGGUAAAGAUGAUGAGAACUUGUCAUCUUCAAUGAAGACAGUUAAUGCAUUAUGUGGUCCGACGACAUAUAAGGAUUCAUGCAUCAAGAGCCUAGGCUCGGUUGCACAAAACCAAAGCGCCACACCACAUGACUAUGUAAAAGCUGGUGUCAAGUUAGCACUAGAGGAGAUAGCAAGAGCCACCAACCUCACUGACACGCUUGUACCAAAAGCCAAUGCAACCAAGAAACCGGAGAUGGCCAAUAUGGCUAUUGAAAGUUGUAAGAACUUGUUUGACCUCGCUAUAGAUCGCCUUGAUGGGGCUCUUGACCAAGUCCAUGAUCCUAAUAUAUAUAAGGACAAAGGGCUUGUAUGGAGCCUUCGCCUUUGGCUUACCGAUGUUGUCACAUUUUCUACUAGUUGUGCGGACGAGUUUGAAGAGGCCGAGGCUCCAGACCUUCAAAAAAUCAUGCAAGAUGGUGUUGUCAAUGCCACCGAGGUCACUAUAAGCAUGCUGGACAUUGUUACCAACUUUAAUGAAGCCCUUUCCGGUCUAGACCUUUCGAUUAAUGCUACCAAUUUGGUUCAGCAGGCUAAGACUACUGGUGAAGGUUUAGAUGUUAAUAAUAUUCCCACAAAUAAUCGUCACCUUCUUGGCAUGGCUAUUGAUGGAGAGGGAAAUCCUACAUGGUUAUCUUCCUCAGACCGUAGGCUUUUGAGCGAUGGAAACAAAGGCUCUAAAAAAACGAAGAACAACAAAAGUAAAGGUUCUGGAAAGGGGGGCAAGAAAAGUAAGGGAAAAGGAAUAAAUAAGGGCAAAGGUGUUGCAGCCGGAGCAGGAAUAGGAGCAGGUGCCGCUGCUGCUGCUACUGCUAUUGUACCUGGAAUGAAGCCUAAUGCGAUAGUUGCCCAAGAUGGUAGUGGUCAAUUUAAAACCAUCGUAGAUGCUCUCAAGACGCAUCCAGGUAAGGUGCAAGGUCGAUUUGUUAUCUAUGUUAAGGCCGGCAUCUAUAAGGAGGAUGUGUUGAUAGGAAAACAACAUAAUAACGUUUUCAUGUACGGUGAUGGCCCAACAAAAACAGUGGUUAUGGGUGAUAAGAGCUUUGCAAAAGGUGUACAGACAUCAAAAACUGCUCCAUUCCAAGUCGAAGGGUUUGGGUUCUUUUGCAAGGAUAUGGGGUUUCAAAACACUGCAGGGCCACAAGGGCAUCAGGCUGUAGCUUUAAGGGUCAAUGGUUUACAAGCAGUCUUCCAAAAUUGUUUUUUUGAUGGUUACCAAGACACUCUAUACGUCCAAGGUGGAUCCCAGUUCUUCCGCGAUUGUCAAAUAUCUGGAACUGUCGAUUUCAUCUUUGGCAAUGGUGCUUCAUUGAUCCAGAACUCAAAAAUCAUUGCAAGAAGGGGUAAUCCUGGACAACAAAAUCUGGUCACAGCUCAGGGUGGGAUAGCAGCUAACGAGGCCACGGGGAUUGUGAUCCAAGGGUGUGAAAUCGUAGCGGGGACAGAUCUUUUUCCAGAAAGGCUAAAGGUUGCAACUUACUUAGGCCGUCCAUGGAAGCCUUACGCAAAAACCGUAUUCAUGGAAACUGUCAUGGGUGACUUAAUCCAACCAGCUGGUUAUUUCUCUUGGCAAUCACCAGAAGGAAAAAAUAACCAUUUGACUGCUUUCUAUGGUGAGUAUGCUAACCGUGGACCAGGCUCCAAUACCGCUAUGAGGGUUAAGUGGCCACAAGUUAAGGUUUUAGAUAAGACUACAGCCCAACGUUACUCUGCUGCUACUUUUUUAGCAGGUGCUCCUUGGGUGAAGGUUGCCGGUGUUCCAAUCAGUCUUAAUAUUGCUUAGAAUAUCCAUUAGAGUAGAAACUAUACUUUUAAGUAAUUAGGAUUUAAUUAUCCUAUAUCCUAAUCUCCCACAUUUAAUUAGUGAAAUUUUCAUUCGCAAUACUUUUUUUUUUAGUUUGUAAAUCGUAUUCGCUACCUAAAU